UCCAUCGCACAGUGUGAAAGGAAUCGGCCUGGAAAGGGGGAAACAAUGUCCACCCGGUACCACCAUGCAGCUGCCGACGGCAACCUGGAAUUGCUGAAGGAAGCCACCAGGAAAGAUCUGAACACUUCGGAUACGGACGGGAUGACCCCAACUCUGCUGGUGGCGUAUCAUGGCAAUCUGGACGCGCUGGAAAUCAUUUGCCGAAGAGGAGGUGAUCCAGAUAAGUGUGACAUUUGGGGGAACACUCCUCUUCACCUCGCCGCUGCCAACGGCCAUCUCCACUGUGUUUCCUUCUUGAUCACUUUUGGAGCAAACAUCUUUGCCUUGGAUAAUGACAUGCGUUCCCCGCUCGACGUGGCCGCCAGCAGGUACCAUUACGAAUGUGUCCGGAUCCUCGACAACGCUGCCACCGAGCAGACUAUCAAGAACCCCAAACGGGUCUCCAGGCUGAAAGCUCAGGCCCCGCAGGAUGCCGAACGGCAAAUCCGUGAAUGUGAGAGACGCCAAGAAAAACAUGAACAUCAAAUGAAUAGGAAUUUCAACAAAGGGUCCGUGAAUUCAGCAGGGAGAACGGGCACGUGGUCAAAGGUGUCUGGUAUUUUUAGUCCCAGCUCGCUCAGCGCGUUGCCCAAAUACCUGUCUGAUACGUUCAAGCGGAGGCCCAAGAAGAACGGGGAGAAUGUGGACAAUCAAGAAACAGGAGGCAGCGGGUGGGAGAAGGACGUUGGAGCUGGACGAACGGCCGUCAUGGAUGUAUUCAAUGAAGAAGAAGAAGACCAACUAGCUAAGGAACUUAACAGAAAAGCCAGCAUUUCUGAUGGUGAAGAGGAAGAGCAAGCAUCCAGGUCUAUCUUCAAUCGCCCUGGUCUUGGCAACUUGGAUUUUUCUAUGGGGAAAAAUGCGGACAGAGCAUUCAUGAAGAAAGAAGAUGUUCGUUUCAAAAUACCGAAUGGCCUGCUGUCCUUUGAAGAGCCUGAGGAUGCGGAAGAUGCGGACGUAGAGACCGAUCCCGAUGAAUCUUGGGCUGAAGAGGAAAUUGGAUGGGACGACGGCAAAGUGGAGACCACCCCGCUCGAGGUCUUCCUGGCGGCACAGAGCUUGGAUGAAUUCCUUCCCAUCUUGAUGAGAGAGAACAUCGAUUUAGAAACCCUGAUGCUUUGUUUGGAUGAAGACCUGAGGAGCAUUCAGAUGCAGCUGGGUCCAAGGAAGAAGAUCCUCCAGGCCAUUAGCAGGAGAAAGCAGGCACUGGAGAGUCCUGGCAAAGCUGGAGAUACUCCAUUAUGAAUAGUAAAGACUGCCUAUUGCAAGUCCAUUGCAUCUGGCAGUCAUCUUUCAGAGAGAAGAAGAAUAGUAGGACUUUUUCUCAAGAAGAAUUUGGCUUUCUGGGGCUAGUUAGCAGAAGCAGCUUCAGAAACUAACAAUGGGCUCUGUAUUGUCUAAAUACCCAAAAGCAGUUGUUCUCAACCUUCCUAAUGUCGCGACCCCUUAAUACAGUUCCUCAUGAUGUGGUGACUGCCAACCAUAAAAUUAUUUUUGUUGCUACUUCAUAA